AUGAUCAGCCGAGGUUCGAUUAUGGAAGAGUACUUGCUCAAGAUUCAACCGUUUGAUCUCGACAAUAUUCCGUCGACAGAGUUACGACAAAGAUGGCUCGAAUAUAAAAAACAAUUCACCUAUAUCUCGAGUGCUAUGAGCAAAAAGAAAAGGAAGAAGUUGAAGAAUAUCUUUUUGGUUGUAGCCGGUCGUCAACUCCAAAGAGUUUACGAAAAUCUUCCUCCAAGGGAUAAUGUUGAGAAUGAUGAAGAAACAGAUGAGUUCAAGAUUCUCAUCGAUCAGCUGGACGGUUAUUUCGCACCAAAGCAGCAUGAUAUGCUCGAACGGUAUACUUUUGGUUCCUUAGUUCCAGACGCUGGGGAAACGCUUGAUAAGUUUUUAUUGCGUGCCCAAGCCGAAGCGAACAAAUGUCAAUUCGGUUCGACCACCGCCGAGAGUAGGGAAAUUGCGGUUAUCGAUAAGUUGUUUAAAAUUAAUUCUGUCGACGAAUCUAACGUGGUUGCUCAUCAAGUGCCCGAAGUCAUGGCUGGAAGUGGAUCAGUCGGAGGUGAAGGUGCCCCCUUUAUAUGUGCUAUUGGAGAAAACCAUGAUGAGCUAAUAUGGUGUCGGAUUGGUGGCAUUACUGUUGAGAUGAUGAUAGACUCUGGAUCGAAAUAUAACAUCAUCGAUGAGUUCACUUGGAAAUUCCUUCGAAACCGUAAUGCUGAGAUCUGCGCAUUGGAACCUUCGAGCAAAUGUUUAACGGCGUAUGCUCAAACAGUAUGUUUAAAUGUUGUUGGUUCUUUCGAAGCUAACAUAUCUGUUGUGAGUGACAAGAAAAAGGCUUGUUUGAGAACUGCAUUCUACGUGAUCAAAGAUGGGAAGCAAAAUUUACUGGGACGUGAUUCAGCCAAGCAGCUAGGAGUUUUACGAAUUGGUUUGCCGAAUACGUGGGAAUCAAAUUCCAUUAAUAAUAUUCCAGAAGAUGUUCAACAUUUUCCAGUCAUUAAAGGGGUCAAAUUACGGAUUGAAAUUGACAUUAGUGUAACACCCGUCGCCCAGCAUGUGCGACGAGUUCCCAUAGCUCUUCGUCAGAAAGUUGAGGAUCAAAUUCAGAAAUUAUUGCAUUCAGGGAUAAUCGAACGAGUAGAAGAACACAGUCCAUGGGUUUCGCCAAUGGUUGUAGUCAUGAAGGAUAAUGGUGAGGUGCGUUUGUGCAUCGACAUGCGCAGAGCGAAUACGGCCAUUAAAAGGGAAUACCAUAUGAUUCCUACUCUUGACGACCUUUUAUCCAGGUUAAAUGGUUGUUGCUGGUUCUCGCGUCUUGAUGUUAAGGAUGCAUAUCACCAAGUGGAACUUGAUGAAUCAUGCCGUUAUAUUACCACUUUCAUUACGCACCUAGGAAUGUUCCGAUACACGAGGCUAAUGUUUGGGAUCUGCAGUGCAUCUGAGCAUUUCCAGAAGAUCAUUGAGCAGAUUUUAGCUAGUUGCCAGAACUCGUUCAAUUAUCAAGACGACAUUUUUGUCUACGCAAAAUCGUUGGCUGAACAUGAUGCUGCUCUGGAUUCUGUUCUGAAAGCUUUGGAAGAGCGUAGGGUGGUUCUCAAUAUUAAAAAAUGCAAAUUCCGGGUCAAUGAGACGGUUUUUCUUGGUCACCAUAUAUCGGGCCAAGGAAUAAGGCCAUCCAGCGAGAAAGUCGUUGCCGUUGAGAACUUUAGAGCUCCUAGGACGGCGGAAGAAGUCAGAAGCUUUUUAGGGCUAGUUGGAUAUGUUGGUCGGUUUAUCCCAGACUUAGCUACUAGAACAUUUGAUCUUCGACAGCUGUUGGUGAUGGGACAAAAGUUUGAGUGGCUGGAGAAGCACGACACAGCUUUUAGGAAUUUGAAAAAUGCAGUUUGCAGAGCACCUAUUUUAGGAUAUUUCGACAACGUUCGGAGGACCAGAAUUGUGACCGAUGCUUCUCCAGUGGGCUUGGGGGCUGUGUUGCUACAGUUUGAAGGGCAAUCGGAUACCGUUCCAAUAGUCAUCUCUUAUGCUAGUAAGAGCUUAUCGCAGACAGAACGUCGUUAUUGCCAAACAGAGAAAGAGGCGCUAGCGAUUGUUUGGGGAAUUGAAAAGUUUCAAUUGUUUUUACAUGGAAGGGAAUUUGAGCUGGAAACUGAUCAUAGACCGCUCACCGCAAUUUUUAAGCCCACUUCACGUCCUCCUGGUCGAAUAGAACGAUGGGUACUUAGGCUGCAGUCGUUCAGAUUUCGAGUAUUAUAUAAGCCCGGGAAGCAGAAUAUUGCGGAUGCUCUUUCGAGGUUGUCGGUUUCGGCUGACUCAGCUGAUGUGGACGAUUCGGACGAGGUUACUUACGUUAACUCUUUGAUAGAGUCGGUAGCGGUUGACAUCGCUGAAAUAAGGGCUGCAAUACUUUGUGAUGAACAAUCAGUAUAUCUUAAAGAAGCCAUCGAGUCGGAUAACUGGUCGGAUGACAGCGUAAGUUCAAGGAUUAAGGAGUUUGUUCCUUUCAAAGGCGAAAUUUAUGUCGUCGAAGGAGUAAUAGUUCGCGGAUCUCGAUUAGUAAUACCAAAAUCUUUACAACCACGAAUUCUACAACUGGCGCAUGAGGGACAUCCUGGCGAAACAGCAAUGAUACUGCGUCUAAGGGAGCGUGUGUGGUGGCCUGGGAUUGACAAGGAUGCCAGAGCGUUUGUGAAGAGUUGUGAGGGAUGUAGAUUAGUCGGUAGGCCUUCAGCUCCCGAACCGAUGAGACGAAGAAUCAUGCCAGUCGAACCGUGGAUUGACAUCGCGAUAGAUUUUCUUGGCCCUCUUCCAACCGGAGAAUACCUGUUGGUAGCCGUAGAUUAUUACAGCCGUUAUAAAGAAGUUUGCGUUAUGCGGAGAAUUACUUCCGAAGAGACUAUAAAGGAGUCGGUACAUUACAAAAUCCCGUCUCUAAGAGAUAUUGAAACAACCCCGCCGAUUGAUCCGGAAGCUUGCGAUAGAGAUCUGGUGAAUAAAUACCAUGGGAAAGAACGUGAAGAUAACCGACGUCACGCGAAACCUUGUGGGAUAGUUGAGGGUGAUCGCGUAAUAGUUCAAAAUUUAAUAUCGGGAAACAAACUACAGCCCACCUUUGCACCCACCCGCUACGAAGUCAUAAGGAGAAAGGGGAACCAAGUUGAGAUUAAAGACCAGAAUGGGAACACGUUUGUACGGAACACUGCACAUCUUAAAAAGGUGUCGGCAGGUGAUGACGGUUCAGGUAUCCAGGUUGAACCAGUGGUUUCGCAGGGUGGCGGUUCAAGUAUCCAAGUUGAACCAGUGGUUUUGCAGGAUCAACAAAUGCCAUCGGAUCAGCAAAGGCCAUCAAGAUCAGCUAAUCCACCCUACUGGCACCAAGACUUCGUUUUUGACUAA